GCGUCACAGUCUUACACAGUCAUUGCAGAAAGGGCCAAAGACAGAGCUGUCCAUGGUUAUAAACAAAAUCUUCCAACUCUUGGUUGAACAUCAGGUAAUAAUGGUCCUCUUGGUGAGCAAAACUUAUUAGAGGGCAGGAGAAGGAAUGCUACCUCUCAGCAGCCGGCAGGAAGAAAUUGUUGAAAAGCUUACCUCUCUGGGGAGGAAUCAGAUAUCAGACUUUGCCAAGCCUCAGGUCCAACCCAUAAGGUCCCACCUACAUCCCCCGCCCCAUCCCAGCUUUGUUAGAUUGCUAGCAUCGAUCGCUGGCUUUUUCUGACCCAACAGUGGGUGAAAGAGAAAGAGGCAGCAAGGCUGCAGGCAAACAGGGGUGGCUUGGGUAGAGAGGAAAAGAGAAGGGAAGAAAAAGGGAGGGGGCCACGGGCACUAAGCUUAACUGGUGCCUGCCUGCUUCUCUUUGAUUUGAUGGCCUUUAUUCCUUCUAAUUGGAUAAAAUAGGAAGUCACUGGCAGUCCUCUGUUGCUGUGUGUACUGUGUCGCUCAGACCAGCCGGCAGCCCUGGAGUGUGCGGAGAGGGUGGGGGCUCCAGAGCAGAGAGGAGGAAAGGGAGAAGAGAGGGAGCGCGUCUCUGGAUGAGGGCAGGCAGAGAGGAGACGGCGACGCGGGGGAGAGCCGCCGAGGCGGAAAGUGCCUGAGCGCCCCAGAAGGACAAAGAGGAGUGGUGGGGGGUGGGGAGGAGGCAGGGCGGGGCGCGGAGUCGCCGCCCCUCUCCCCCCUGCGCCCGGCGAGGCCCGCGUUCGCCGCGAUGCUCGGAGGGCAGGCACCUGCUGCUCGCUAAGGAUGCAGCCCCUUUCCGCCGCCGCGCUCCCGCAGCAGGAUGCUGGUGCUCCCGGCGCCGCUGCCCCUCCUGCCGCCGCCGCCGCCGCUCGUCCUGCCUCUGCUCUUACUUCUCCUGCAUGACAGUGGUUUUCUCCACCUAAGCAGACCCCAGCUUCAGACGCUCGAGGUGAGAAACAUGCCUUUCCGUUUGGGCUACUGGUUUACUUAA